ACCGGCAGUAGCGGCAGCAGCACUGCUCUCUCCAUCCGCAGCCUGGGAGGGAAAGAAAGACGGGUCUCGCGCCCAACUCGCCUCUCUUUUAAAAGCUGUCAUUCAUUCGCGAGCGUGCACGCGCCUUUUUGCCCUCGCGGGGGGUUCCACACACGCGCGCGCCCUCCUCUCUCUCUCCCCGCGCGGGGUCCCUUCACGCGACCGCAUCGAGCAGCCUCUCGCGCCUGGAGGGGGAAAGGGAGACACGAGAGCGGAGAAGGACGGAGGACCGGGACGGAGGACCGGGACGGAGCUGCUGGGAGGGAUAAAAAAGAGACACAACUAUCAACUGGAAUCAAGAGAGAGAGAAAAAUCCCCCCCGGCCCUAAACCACGGCCAACCCAUCAUUUCACACCGGAUUUAAUCCGCCCACGACUGACCAGCUACCAACUGAUGUAAGGAAAAGAGAUGUUUCUUUUGUCUGAAAAUAAUUCAUGUUGAACUGAAAGAAGAGGCUCACAGUCCCCCUGCUGCCCCAUUCUACUCCCACUCAGAUACCCAGCGUCUGUCUGACAUUUGAGCAGCCAUGACAAAAUCAUAUGAAUUCAACUGGCAGAAGCACCUCCCAGAUUUCAUGCAAGAGGGGGCUCCGUUCGACAGAUAUGAGGAGGAUCCUUUUGUUUUUGAACCAAACUGUCUGUUUAAAGUGGAUGAAUUUGGCUUCUUUCUUACAUGGAAGAGUGAAGGAAAGGAAGGCCAGGUUCUAGAAUGCUCUUUGAUCAACAGCAUCCGGGUCGGAGCAGUGCCGAAGGAUCCAAAGAUCCUGUCGUCCCUGGAGGCUGCUGGGAAGGCGGAGAGCGACCUGGAGGGCCGUAUCAUCUGCGUGUGCAGCGGCACCGACCUGGUGAACCUCAGCUUCAUGUACAUGGUGGCCGACAGCGCCGACACCGCCAAGCAAUGGGUGGAGGGCCUGAGGUCGGUGAUUCACAACUUCAAGGCAAACAACGUGUGUCCCAUGACCUGCCUGAAAAAACACUGGAUGAGGUUGUCAUCUUUGACCAACGUGAAUGGAAAAAUCCCAGUACGAAGCAUAACAAGGACGUUUGCCUCCGGCAAAACAGAGAAGGGGAUCUUUCAGGCCCUGAAGGAUUUGGGCCUGCCCAGUGGAAAGAACGAUGAAAUCGAGCACUCCGUCUUCACCUUUGACAUGUUCUACGCCCUCACCCAAAAGAUCUGCCCUCGAACCGACAUAGAGGAGCUGUUCAAAAAGAUCAAUGGAGACAAAACUGAUUAUUUAAGCGUAGACCAAUUAGUCAGCUUUCUGAAUGAAAAUCAGCGUGACCCGCGUCUGAAUGAGAUUUUAUUUCCGUUCUAUGAUCCCAAACGGGCGAUGCAGAUCAUAGAGAAGUACGAGCGAGAUGACGAGUUGAAAAAGAAAGGCCGGAUGUCCAGUGAUGGCUUCUGCCGGUACCUGAUGUCGGACGAGAAUGCGCCGGUCUUCCUGGACCGUCUGGAGCUCUACCAGGAGAUGGACCAGCCUCUGGCCCACUACUUCAUCAGCUCCUCCCACAACACCUACCUGACGGGCAGGCAGUUCGGGGGGAAGUCCUCGGUGGAGAUGUACCGGCAGGUCCUUCUGUCUGGGUGCAGAUGUGUGGAGCUGGACUGUUGGGAUGGGAAAGGAGAGGAUCAGGAGCCCAUUAUAACCCAUGGAAAGGCUAUGUGCACCGACAUCCUGUUCAAGGAUGUAAUCCAAGCCAUUAAAGAAACCGCUUUUGUGACCUCUGAAUACCCAGUGAUUCUGUCCUUUGAAAACCACUGCAGUAAGCCACAGCAGUAUAAAAUGGCACGGUACUGCGAGGAGAUUUUCGGAGAUCUGUUACUGAAGCAGCCGCUGGAGCCCUUCCCUAUCGAACCCGGACGUCCGUUGCCUUCUCCCAAUGACCUCAAAAGAAAAAUCCUUAUCAAAAACAAAAGGUUAAAACCUGAAGUGGAGCAGAAGCAGCUGGAGUUGUUUAAAAAGCACAUGGAAGCAGGUGAAACCAGCACCCCGGCAAAUAUCCUGGAGGAUGAGAAUGAAGAGGAGAUGGAGAAUGCUGAUGUUAAAGACGUCAAUCCCGAGCUGAAGACCGGCAAUAAUCUGUCUGGGGACGAACUGAGUGAGAAAGAGGCCCACAUGAACAGCGUGAAAAAGGUUACUGAAGACGAGGUGACAGAGAUAUCAGAGGCCACAGAAGCUACCGACAUCACUGAUGUAUCUGAAUCCUCUGACCAGGACAACAAGAAGGGUGGGGAAACGACUGAGGACGACGAGCAGGCUCUGAUCGCCUCCUACAAAUACGUGGGGGCCACCACCAACAUCCACCCGUACCUCUCCGCCAUGGUCAACUACGCCCAGCCCGUCAAGUUCCAGAGCUUCGACGUAGCCGAAGAGCGGAAUAUCCACCACAAUAUGUCAUCCUUUAAUGAGUCUGUGGGAUUGGGGUACCUGAAGACCAACGCUAUAGAGUUUGUAAACUAUAACAAGCGGCAAAUGAGUCGAAUCUACCCCAAAGGAGGCAGAGUGGACUCCAGUAAUUACAUGCCUCAGAUCUUCUGGAACGCCGGCUGCCAGAUGGUGUCUCUGAACUUCCAGACCCCAGAUUUGGCCAUGCAGCUGAACCAGGGAAAGUUUGAGUAUAACGGGUCCUGUGGGUACUUGCUGAAGCCGGACUUCAUGCGUCGCUCUGACAGGAUGUUCGAUCCUUUCUCAGAAACGCCCGUAGAUGGUGUAAUUGCAGCUACCUGCAGCGUUCAGGUGUUUUCAGGUCAGUUCUUGUCGGAUAAGAAGAUUGGCACGUACGUGGAGGUGGAUAUGUACGGCCUGCCCACUGACACCAUCCGCAAAGAGUUCCGCACGCGAAUGGUGAUGAACAACGGGCUGAACCCGGCCUACAACGAGGAGCCGUUUGUGUUCAGGAAGGUGAUCCUUCCUGACCUGGCAGUGCUCAGGAUCGCUGUGUACGACGACAACAACAAGCUGAUUGGUCAGCGGAUCCUCCCUCUGGACGGCCUGCAGGCAGGGUACAGACACAUCUCCCUGCGGAACGAGGGAAACAAGCCUCUCUCCCUGCCCACCGUCUUCUGCAACAUCGUGCUGAAAACCUACGUGCCGGACGGAUUCGGAGCCAUCGUGGAUGCGCUGUCUGAUCCAAAGAAGUUUCUGUCCAUCACUGAAAAGAGGGCGGACCAGAUGAGGGCCAUGGGGAUUGAAACAAGUGACAUCGCAGACGUGCCAAAUGACAGCUCAAAGAACGACAAGAAAGGAAAGGUGAACCAGGUGAAGGCAAGCGUAACGCCCCAGACCAGCUCAGAACUGGGACAGACGUCCAUGUCUGGACAGACCAACGCCACGGAAACCAAGAAAGAUACGGCAGCUCUGGUGCCUCAGGUCAGCAUGGAGGAUUUGAAACAGAUGAAGACAUACAUUAAACUCAUAAAGAAACAGCAGAAAGAACUUAAUGCUUUAAAGAAAAAACAUGCAAAGGACCACAGUGCCAUGCAGAAGUCUCAUUGCACCCAGGUGGACAAGAUAGUGGCUCAACAUGACAAAGACAAACUCACUCAUGAAAAGCAGCUGGAAAAAGCCAUUAAGAAAAGGGGAGAGAAUAAUUGCCUUGAACUGAAGAAGGAAACCGAAAUCAAAGUCCAGACGCUGACCUCCGAUCACAAAGCAAAGGUGAAGGAGAUGGUGGCGCAGCACACCAAGGAGUGGUCUGAGAUGAUCAACUCGCACAGCACGGAGGAGCAGGAGAUGAAGGACCAGCACGUUACGCAGCAGUGUGAGCACCUGAAGAAGCUGAUGGUGACGGUCCAGGAGCAGCAGACCCAGCAGCUCAAGCUCAUUCACGAACGGCAGAGCAAAGAGAUGCGCGCCAACCAGGCCAAGACCUCCAUGGAGAACAGCAAAGCCAUCAGCCAGGACAAGAGCAUCAAAAACAAGGCUGAGCGGGAGAGAAGAGUACGGGAAUUGAACAGUAGCAACACAAAAAAGUUCCUUGAGGAAAGAAAAAGGCUCGCCAUGAAGCAGCUAAAGGAGAUGGAACAGCUGGAGAAGUCUCAGCGCGAGCAGCUGGAGAACUUGGAGAAGGCGAACGAGCAGCUUUUGAAAUCACAUCAUGCAAAGUCUCAAUGUCAAGGCGAAGGACAUGCAGCAGAUGGUGAAGCUGGAGGCACAGAUGGACCGCAGGCCUGCCACAGUGGUGUGAAGUACCCCCCCACUGACUGAGACCGAGCCCCC